GCAGUGGAAGACCUCUAAUCUUAUCAUAUCAACAAAAAAUGGAAGAAGCACCCGAGCCAGACUUGGCCCCAUCGCGCAGCUGGACAGAUUGCACAACUGGCCCAACCAAACUGGUCAUUAAAAACAUCAGCGGAAAGCGUGUGCAGCUGGUCUGGCUCUCGUAUGACGGUGCCGAGCAAGUUUACAACGUAAUAGAAGACGGCCAGGAGGCGCACCAAGAUACCUACUCUACGCACAUCUGGGAGCUGCGCGAUGAAGACGGCGUCCGCAUCGUCCAAUACGCGGGGCCCCCCGCGAAGCUGUACGUGUUGCAGACCGGUGUGAGCAUCAUCGCAACACCAGCGGCUGCUGCGGCUGCUGCGGCUGAAACCGGAGAACCGCCUGCUGCACAAACCUCAUAGGAAAGCGGAGUGAACUGAAGCCAUAAUCAAAAUAUAGCGGAGCGACGAGACGCACAUCGUAGAGGUGUGCAGCGACACAGCCGCGGCGUCAGCAACUUUACAGGUCGGCCCCAGGCCUUGGCCUGCACCUACUUUGCAGGGCGUCUCUAAAAAACCCAUUUCAUGGUGGGAUUGAGGGGACCGCGGCUGUCUGCUAUCAUCAUCUGGGAAACGAAGCGACGGGCCAUCUAACCGAUCCUAUUACCCAUUUGAGUUUCAAGGAGCAGAUGGGCUCCACCACAGCCACAGUAGGGAGGCAGUAUCUGGGCUGGCCACCGCUGGCUGCCAGCAGCCAGCGUGGGAGAGUAAGUGUAGGGAGGCCGUUGACUCCCAAGGCCACGUGGGGCCGGCGUAUUGUAGCUCUGCAUUCCCAGUCCGUUCUAAACAAGUCGUCGAGGGGAGGCAGAGAGUCCUAACAGGACUCGUAGGACUCACGCGGACAAGGAGGAGGAUACGUUGCGGACUUUAUGCGGCUGUUUAUUGCAGCGGCCGAAGAGGGGCUGCCACUUUCCUGGACUUGCUCUUGCCGCUCUUGCUUUCUGCCCGAUGGCAACCGAAGCCCCUACAUAUACUGUGCCGCGGCUUUUGUCUUUCCCAGAUGUGAUGUGAUGUGAUGUGAUCUGAUGUGAUGCGGCGGUUGGGGUGUUCCUGGCGUGGGGAACACUCCCGCGCGUUUCACUGGAUUUCACUGAUUGUGUGACAGCGAUUUCAGACAGAACCUCCAUGGGAUCUCCAGAGCGUGCUACAUAUGCACUUCACACCAGAUGCAUCCACACAAUGUGACCGUUCUGUCAACAUGUAUAGGUAGGGGGUGUCGAUUUAGGUGUGCUUAUGUGUGUCUGCCUGUAUGUUUGUAAACAUGUCCCGAGG